CAGCGUAGCGGCGCAGUAAGAUCCAGCAAGGAGGGGACACAGUCAGACAAGGAGGAGGAGGAGGGACAGUCAGGCAAGACAAACAACACUGACAAUACCGUCGUGACAGCGUCUGUCAACAGCACGGAACCACCCAGGGGGACAGCGUUUUUCAUCCCAUGUAUUUUUAGAAACAGUCCGUCGUCACCAUGACAGCGGAAGAAACGAUAAAUGUGAAGGAGGUAGAGAUCAUCAAGGUGAUCCUGGACUUUCUAAACUCCAGGAAACUACACAUUAGCAUGCUGGCUCUGGAAAAGGAGAGUGGAGUCAUCAAUGGGCUCUACUCGGACGACAUGCUCUUUCUCAGGCAACUGGUGCUUGAUGGGCAGUGGGAUGAGGUCUUGCAGUUCAUUCAGCCUUUGGAGUGCAUGGACAAGUUUGACAGAAAAAGGUUUCGUUACAUCAUCCUGAAGCAGAAGUUUCUGGAGGCUCUGUGUGUGAAUAACGCCAUGUCUGCAGAAGAUGAGCCACAGCACUUGGAGUUCACCAUGCAGGAAGCAGUCAAGUGUCUCCAUGCCCUGGAGGAGUUCUGUCCCUCUAAAGAUGACUACAGCAAACUGUGUUUGCUCCUCACUCUGCCACGCCUCACAAACCAUGCUGAGUUCAAGGAUUGGAACCCGAGCACAGCCAGGGUGCAGUGUUUUGAGGAGGCGUGCACCAUGGUGGCGGAGUUCAUCCCAGCAGACAGGAAGCUGAGUGAGGCUGGGUUCAAAGCCAGCAGGGAUCGCCUCUUCCAGCUGCUUCUCAAGGGAGUCCUCUAUGAGUGCUGUGUGGAGUUCUGCCAGAGCAAGGCGACGGGUGAAGAGAUCACAGAGAGUGAGGUCCUCCUGGGUGUUGACAUGCUGUGCGGUAAUGGCUGUGACGACCUGGACCUGUCAAUGCUCUCCUGGAUGCAGAACCUCUCCCACAGCGUCUUCUCCUGCGCCUUCGAACAGAAGCAACUCAACAUCCACGUGGACCGCUUGGUGAAACCUGCUAAAACUGGCUAUGCUGACCUCCUCACCCCGCUCAUCAGCAAACUGUCUCCCUACCCUUCCUCCCCCCUCCGCCGCCCCCAGUCUGCCGACACCUAUAUGUCGCGUUCCUUGAACCCAGCAUUGGACGGCUUGUCCUAUGGGCUGUCUGGCCAGGAUAAGAGAGCAAGCGGCGGGGAAAUAGUGCCGGGUAAAGGGGUCUCUCCCAUGUCCCACUCGUUUGCCAACUUCCACUAUCCCGGAGCAGGAGGCCAGAGCCUCAGCAGGAGUCUCAUGAUGGAGAGCUCCGACUGCCACAGCAUCUUUGAGGAAUCCCCUGAAACGUCGAGGACAGAAACACCUGUGGAUAAGAUGAUGAGUUCAGCUGGAGCUCAGAAUCUGCGUCCUGCUUCCGCUCCGGGCGAGGACGCACCAUCAGCUGGCUCUGGUGACAGGAAUGAGCUUCGUGACUCCACAGAGAAGUAUGAGGAGUAUUAUCGCCAGCGUCUUCGUGUGCAGCAGCACCUGGAGCAAAAGCAGCAGCAGAGGCAGAUGUACCAGCAGAUGCUUCUGGAGGGAGGGGUCCAGCAGGAACCCCCGCCCAGCGACAUGCAGCACAGCCUCACAGAGAAGUUCCUCAACAGGUCCAUCCAGAAGCUGGAGGAGCUAAACGUGGGAAUGGAGAAUUUAGGGGAGGAGGUGAAAUCUUUGGCCCAGCAGUGCAAUGGCAAUGGGAACACGCCCGCCUCUGAAGACAAUAACAAUCCCCCAUCUGUGACCCCGGAGCAGAGCCGGACCCAAGGGGGAGGAGUGCUCAGCAGUACCCCACAGCGCACGGUGGGGGGGUGCGAAGUCUCGCCACCAAAUGAGUCCCCUGUUGUCUCUCAGAGUGGGCAGAAACAGGCAGGAGGUCAAGAAGGUGACUCUCCAGGCUCCUUAUCCCGAAGUAAACAGAGUGACAAGCCGAAAGGUCUGUUUGUGCCCGUGCACAGUCUGGAAGAUACUCAGGCUAUUCGUGCUGUUGCCUUCCACCCGUCUGGGUCGCUGUACGCUGUGGGAUCCAACUCCAAAACACUACGUGUGUGCGCUUAUCCAGAAACACUGGACACAAGCACUCCAACGAAGCAGCCAGUUGUCCGCUUUAAGAGAAACAAACACCACAAAGGCUCCAUCUACUGUGUGGCCUGGAGCCACUGCGGGCAGCUGCUGGCCACAGGCUCCAAUGACAAAUAUGUCAAAGUUUUACCUUUUAGUGCAGAGACGUGCAACGCCACAGGCCCAGACCUGGAGUUCAGCAUGCAUGAUGGCACCAUCAGAGACCUGGCCUUCAUGGAGGGUCCAGAGAGCGGAGGAGCCAUCUUGAUCAGCGCCGGAGCAGGAGACUGUAACAUCUACACCACUGACUGUCAGAGGGGACAGGGUCUGCACGCCCUCAGUGGACACACAGGUCACAUUCUGUCUCUGUACACAUGGGGAGGCUGGAUGAUUGCCUCCGGCUCCCAAGACAAGACGGUGCGUUUCUGGGACCUCAGGGUGCCCAGCUGUGUCCGAGUAGUGGGAACUGCUUUCCACGGCUCAGGCAGUCCCGUUGCCUCGGUAGCAGUCGAUCCGAGUGGCCGUCUCUUAGCAACAGGACAGGAAGACAGUGCAUGCAUGCUGUAUGACAUUAGAGGAGGACGCAUCGUUCAGGUGUACCGGCCGCACAGCAGCGAUGUCCGAUCUGUUAGGUUUUCCCCUGGAGCACACUACCUGCUCACCGGUUCCUAUGACACAAAGGUCAUGGUCACCAACCUCCAAGGUGACCUGACCAAACAGUUGCCUCUGACCGUGGUGGGAGAGCACGGCGACAAGGUGAUUCAGUGUCGAUGGCACACACAAGACCUGUCCUUCCUCUCAUCCUCUGCUGACCGCACUGUCACACUCUGGACACACAACCCAUAACACACACACACAAGCACGCACAUACACCCCCCUACACCCCUAAAACAACACUGCUCCUCCAGCACUAUCAACUCGGUCACACCCUUUCAACACACCUGACACUUAGAGCCUGAAAACACACACACUCUCUCUCUCUCUCACACACACACACGUACGCACACACAGGUGAAUGAGCCUUUCCCUUCUGUCUGUAGGAAACCAAAUGGAUACAAACCUGUGAUGCAUCAAAAGCACACAUGUUGCAUGUUCUCCUUUGUCUUCACAUCUCUCACAUUGCAGUUAUCCCACUGAUUGUUGUCAUCUUGAGGAGGGUAAAACAGCAGCAUCAUUCAUUUUCCUCACUUCAUCCACAUGGUGUCAUUGUACAUCUUCACUCCUUACAGUUGUUGAGGUUAGACAGGACAGAGUGCUUUGUUCAUGAUGGUGCCUUCCUUCAGUUCUCAGUUUCCAUAACAAAAAUGUAAAAAAAACAAACAAAAAAAGAUAAUAUGGUCAUUUUUCAGGAUCAAAUUUUGUCAGUUAUUUUGAAGAAUCCUACAUUCCUUCUUUUGCAUAUCAUUUUCUUACAGCUAGUGUAAUGCUGCUAUAUUGUUUGGGAAAACAAGAGUCGAAUUUAUGGUGUAAAAUGUAAUUUUUCAGUGUGUCAGUAGUGAGCUUUUCCUAUCCGAAGGCUGAAUCUGUGGACAUCAAACUGCCAAUCAGUCAGCUGUUGCUUCCCUGUGGGAUGUACUGAUGUCUAAUGUUACUGUGUCCACUGCAUUACUCCAAUUCAAAAUGUGUAAAUUAGCUUGUGCAUUUGUUUUAAAUUUGAAAUCAGUGUUUUUGCGCUGUAGUAGUUACAGUGUCUUGCAAUGGCUUGCUUGCAAUGGAAGAUCGUUAUUAUGUCGACAUCAAAGGGAAAUACAAAGUGUAAUUUUUGGUUGAGCACCCUAGCAUUCAAUUUAGGAUUUUUAAGUGUUUAAAAGCUUUGGUUUGUCUACUGCUGUAAUAAUAUAACAACAGUAGGUGGCAGUCUUUUCCCAUAAAAAGGGUCUAACCAUAUGCACAACGAAAUCUGAAUGGAAGCACGGGUGUUUUGAUAUUUAUUUAGAAACAGUAUUUGGGGCAUAUGCAUUGUAUUCUUUUCUUGUAUUUUACAUGCGCACUUUUGUCUUUUAACAAUUAUUUACUUACAAAUAUGCAUAUUUAAGUUUUUAUGUUAAUGUAUAGUAUAACAAAUGAGGCCAAACUAAUACGUACAUAGAUGUAUUUAUUUCAGUUGUGUUUAUGUAUGUACAGUUAGUAUGUUUUGGAAAUGCUAGUGGCUCUUGUAUUAAGCCUUUCUAAGUCUUGUUUUUAAAGGUGACUUAAAUUAAUUCAAGCUAACUCAAGUCAGACUGCUGGUACGUUAAAUAAAGUGUCUUUUACACAA